GCGCUAUGAGAAAAGUGAAGGAUGUACAGACGUGUGAUAUUGAAACAGUGAAAUCAUGGUAACUAGCAUCAACCCAACGUAAUGUAGGAGAAAAAGCUAUGGUUCGGGAAACUAGGUACCUCUUCGUAGGAAAUUUACCGGAAAAAGUCACAGAAGAUGAGGUGUCUGAACACUUUAAGCGGUAUGGAAAGAUACAAAGUGUAAAGUUCCACGAGAAGAAGGAAGAUGAGGAGGGGCUAUCAGCCACCGUAGCUUUUGGGGACAUUAAGUCGGCAUCAAAAGCCCACAACAGUGAGAAUACUAUUGACAGCAAGACUUUGGUUACUGAGUACAGCGAGGGUUCCGCAACAGGAAGUGCCGUCACGCGUACGAGGCAGGAGCCGGUCCCUCGUACUACAGCAUUUACCCCACACACUCGGCCCACAACCUAUACAAAUAGACCGAAGGGAACUGAGGAAGGAGAGACGUAUGAUAACAGAGACUACUACACGAGUGGAGCUGGAACCAGAGACCCCGCCCAGUUUGAAAACCGAUUUCCACCACCCUUCAAUGAGAAUGGCCAGAACCAGACACGGGGACGCCCCAGAGAACGCUUCUUCAGAGGGGGCUUCAAGGGAAAUCAUGGCCAGCGACAGUUUGGAUCACGCCAUAUGGAAGGUCAUAGGUCGUUUGACCAUUCCCCGAUGGAGUCACGAGAUGCAACAUUUGAACGUUCUAAAACACAGUCCUCUCCAACACAUUCAGCCUCUCGGUCUAGUCGGCACAGCUCAACGCGCAAACAACGUAGUUCAAGGUCAAAUUCAAGGUCAAGCAGUAGUAGUAGCAGUUACAGUCGAUCGUCAUCUGGGAGUAGCGAUUCAGGCUCCGAUUCACGAAGCAGUAGGAGUAGUGGCCGCAGCAGUCCAAGGCAUCACCAGUUGCCCUCAACGGCAACAAUUCCUCCUCAGGCUAAAUCCCACCGAACCGAGUCCCAAGACUCGUCUGGUAGUGACAAGUCAACAGAACGUGACCCUCUCGACAAACGGCCCCAUGGGAUAUGUAUAACUGCUCUACCACUACGUUCCAGCGAUACAAGUCUGAGGGAUGGCCUGUUCCAUGAGUAUAAAAAAUACGGGAAAGUGAAUGCUGUACAAGUGGCGGGCGCCAAUGAGGAUAGAUAUGCCAUUGUUAGCUUUAAAAAGGCAGAAGAUGCAGAAAAGGCGUAUGAAGCCAGCUUAGACAAAACAUUCUUUGGGGCUAGAAUCAAGGUUCAGUCACACGAAGGCAUAGCGGACACAGAGGACAAUGAAUUCCGACCUCCUGAGGCAGAGUUAGAUGAAUAUCAUCCGAAAGCCACACGUACAUUAUUUGUUGGCAAUCUCGAGAAAGAUAUUACCACGCAAGAACUCCGAGACAGAUUUGGAGAAUAUGGAGAAAUAAUAGAUAUUGAUGUCAAGAGACAAGGAGCUGUGUCAGCGUACGCGUUUGUGCAGUAUGCGGACAUAUCUAGUGUGGUAAAGGCCUUAAAGGAACUAGAAGGACAAACAAUAGGCUCAAUGAAGAUAAAGCUUGGCUUUGGAAAGAGUAUGCCCACAAAUUGUAUAUGGUUGGACAAUCUGGCAGAUACGGUCUCCGAGAGUUUCCUGUGUCGGCAGUUCAGUCGCUAUGGCAACGUCAGUCAUGGCAUUAUUGAUAAAAAUGGUGGAAAGGCGUUGGUAUUCUUUACCAAUAUCGACGCUGCACAGUUCGCCCUCAAUGAAAUGCGCAACCGAAUACUCAACGGGAAGAAGAUAAUGACGGACUUUGCCAGUAGAGACUGCCAGAAUAGGUUCUUUGAAAAAAUGGAAAAGUCUGGACAACUUCAACCUGGUCAGCGGCCAGAUGAGAGAAGGGGCUGGAUCAACAAUCGGCCACAGGGGUCUGAGGGGGGUCAAUGGCCUGAUGCCAACACUGGGGGAGCCACAGGGGCUGGAGGAGGAGCAGCAGCAUCAUCAGCCGGAGCAGGAGGGGGAGGAGGAGGGAGGACAAGAGGAAAUUUCCGCCCGUUUGGUAACAACAGAAGAAUGCGUGGCUACCAUCGAGGCAGUGCCUCGUUUAGGGGCAGGGGUCAAAGUUUCAGCAAGGAAAACUUCACAGAGGAAGGCUUCAGGCGACAGAGAUCAUAUGAGGAGUACCCGCAGGGGAGUGGUGGUCCCGGCAGUACCGGCACGCCCUACUCCGAGGGAGGCGAGGACUCGUUUGAACAGGACCUGCGCGCAUACAGUCACAGUCAACGUGAACGCCGUGAGGCAGGCGGGAGUCAAAGCCCUAGUCAGUAUUCCGACGAUCUGUACACCGAACUGUAUCGUCGGAAUAGUAAAGAUGGUCGUUACCCAGAACGUGGCUAUAAAGACAGAUAUUCUUUGGAUUACCGUAGUGAAAGUCCUGGUAGUGAUCGUGCAUCGGGUUACCCCGAGGACUUACGAUACGAGUUCGGUGGCAAAGGCCGCCCAGAGGACAAAUACUUUAACCAAGAACGGUAUAUUCCUGGUCGUGACAAAGACCAAAGUCCAUCAGGGGAAUACGGACAUUACUCUCCUGAGGGGCGAAGUUGGAGUAGAUCCCCCUCGUAUGGGCGACAACACAAGGAAAAUUUUGGUAAACACACGCCACCCACACCGCUGGGGGAUGAACUGGAAGAUUCUCAGGAUCCAGCUCAAAUGGAUACAGAAGGUUCACAACAUCACACCUUGGAAUAUAAAUCAAAAUCGGGAAAAAUGGAUGACUUUGACAUUAGUGAAGCAGAUAUUCAGGAAAUACGUUCGACUUACCCAAACAGAAAAGAGCCACUUGUGAUUCGCUCUGAGGGUAGGUUAGUGAAAAAACGCUCUUAUGAUGACACGUUUCAUGGACAAUAUGACAUGAAAUUCGAUCAACGUCGUGGCCGUACUCACGCAGAAUUUAAACGGGACUUAUUCCAGAAAGUACAAGAAAUUAGUGACAAAAUGUCUGGAAGACUUAAAGAAUCAUCGGGUAAUCAUAGUAGUCCAAGUUCUUCGGCAAGUACGGAAUCGGAACAUGGCUCUCUCACAGAGGGAGAACUUACGAAACUCCAACACGAAAAACUUCAGCUCCUGGAGAAACUUAAUCAAUUGGAGAACGAGGGCAGUACUAGUGAUAAUGAAUCUGCGGACAUUGAGGAUACACGUAAAGUAGUGACAAAACGUCCUCGUCUCGACCCCUGGCAGGGUAAGGCGGGACAACGGCUUGGUAGUGUGAUAAUACCGGCUCGUAAGAGUUCGCAUUCAUUGGAUUACCAGGAUACUUAUAAAGUGGACAAUACACAAAGUUAUAGAAAGCAAAUGGAAGCUUUCCGUAAACUUGAGGAACAAAAUGUGAUAGAGGACGGACAUGGGCUUAAGGACGUAAAAACCAGCAAAUCUGUGAUAGGAUAUGAUAGCGAGGGUGAGGAAGCCGGAAUGCUUUUAUCUCCUCGAGAGAUACCCUCAGCUUUCAUCAUGAAAAAACGGAAAAAGUUUGAUGGCCCUGAUGAUAUCGGUUUAAAAGGACAAAGGUCAUAUCGGACAAAACGUGGCGACGAUGAGGACCAUGCCAGUAGUGAUAAUGAGGAAACUGGCAAAGGAUUUAAUCGGACAGACUCAAUUGUGUCGCUACGGAGACUAUCUAGUGGUCACUCGUCGCCACGGACACCGGUCGUGGCACAGUCUAUGGACCAUUAUAGGUAUAGUGAAUCGGACUUGUCUGCAAGUGAAGGCAUGGGAUCUAGCACAUCCAGAAAGAAGGGUUCAGCAAAGAAAUUAUCCGAGUCAGACAGCCAAAUUAAUGUGAAUCGGAGUCAUAAAGAGGAACAUCAGUUAAUUAUGAUUCCCCUUGGGGAUGAUUUAUUACCGAAUUUAGACUUAAAAGACCCACGUCAACAGCGCCCCCAUGAGGAGGAGCUUAUGUCACUACCUCUUCCACGGUUUGCGAGUUAUACACGUCCGUUAAUGAUUCAACCAAUCCAUCUCGGUUCACCGAAGACUCAUGACUCCCCGUGUUUUUCACCUCCCAGUAGUGGGAGUAAGACUCAUUCACCACAAAUGUCUCCCAGUGAUUCUAACUCUGGCGAAUCUCAAGGACUACCUAAAAUUGACGCUAAUAACUAUUUCCCACCUGAGGAUGAAGCGUCACAGUCAGCCGUUGUGUCGGCUCCUGUCAGUGAAAAUGAACAGGAGAAAAGUAAAAAGGAGGACGAUAACUUGUCGGACAGUGAUUUGUGUCCGGAGGACGGAGCGGCGGUUGCGGAAACAUGUUUGGAUGAUUUAUCAAUUGAGGAACGAAUACGAAGGCUAGACGAGAAAAUGAGUCGUCCUGCCCCAAAUCCUCCAAAUAAAUUGCCAGAUCAACUAUCAGCAAUAAGUAUACCUUCCUUAUCAGCUGCUAAUGUUGCUGUACCAAAUACAGACAUGUAUUCCAAAUAUAAACGCCGUAAAAAGCAGGAUUCCACUGGAUCGGUGUCGGGUGAUUCAAAGUCAGAGCCAUCUGAAAUUGUGCGAACUGUAUUAUCACGUAGUAGUAUAUUCGAUCAAGACACUCGCAGAUUGGAGCAAAUAAAUGAAAAAUAUUGCCCCAAGUCUGUACUUGUGAACGCCGACGAAAAUCCUAAAAGUGGGAUGAUACGGACAAAGGCGGCAGCGAAGGAAAUGCCGCUGUCAACACUGCCACAGUCAUUAGCUGCUAGGCUGGGUUCAGCUGGUGCAGCCUCAUUCCCAACCCUCUCAGUAAAUACAAACAUGGCAAACCAGCAAGCAUCACAUCUUCCAUUUAUGAGCCCCUCACCCAAUUCGUCACCUCGGAGUCCGUUUGCCGCGCCCGGUAGUGUUUUAUCGGGCGAGGUGCCGUCCCCGUCCACAACAAACCCGUACGAUGGAACACAGACCCCGCCACCCACGGAUGACUUGUGUCCUAAUGACCUUGACAAUUUUGAGGACAUGUUUCCAGAUCCUUCCUCAGCAAGUGUUACUGACUCGCCAAGUUUUACUUCGUCCACUUUCCCUCGGUCCCAUUCUCUGUCUCAACCACUCAUGAGCGAGGACAAUAAUAUCUCAUUGUUAAAGUGUUCAGACAGUCCCGGACUGACCGCUUCAUUUACUGGUCAGUCCAUUCAGCCAACAAACGAUUCCUCUGCAGUCAGUAAUUCAACGGAGGAACAUUCGAAUCCAAACCUACAAAACAGUUCACAGAGUCUGUCGCAGCAGCCGGCGACAGAUGAUGUAACGAUAUGUGACAAUGUUAGUAAAUCAUCAGAUAUCAUUGAUUCGAAACCAUGUGUGAGUGUGAAAGAUGAGAAAGAAGAUAAAGACUUUGUCCAAGAACAGCAAUCUCAAAGUGUACCAAACAGUGAUUUAACCAACAAAACUGUCAAUGCCGACGUAAAAGAUGUUACAGUGUUUGAAACAUCUGUAGCGGAGGCGAUGUUUAUGACCGAUAAUAAGACUGAUUUAUCAGCUUUGGGUAAACGGAAGGCUAAUACAGAGGAUCAUUCAGCUGAAAGCAGUGUAAAAGCUGUUGAAGUGUCAAUCAAAGUUGAACCUACAAUACAGGAAGUUAAAGUGGAAGAUUCAUCCAAAUCUCCCGAAACAAAGAAACCUAAGAUAGCAGAAGAGAACAACACGCCACCCAAAAAUAAAAACGAGGUCAUGACGGAGAAGAAAGAUAAAGAAAAGAAGGAGAAGGAAAACAAGAAAAAGGAGAAUUCGGACGGAGAGAUAAACACUGUCAACCACAACAAAGACAAAAGUGAGAAAAAGGAUAAAGACAAAGACAAGGCCGGUGGCAGUGGCAAGUCCUCAAAGUCUGUGUCGUCCAAGGUCAAGGACGACAAGGUCAAGGACAAUGCCAAUGCAUCGGCCAAGAAGGACAAAAAUGCGGAAACCUCGUCACACAAACAUAAAUCUUCGAAAAAUGAUAAAUCUAAAGACAAACAGAACAAAGAGGGACAUAGUAAGAAAAGCAAAGACCAUUCUUCUACAAAACCCAGCAAGGAUGACAAGACUUCAAGUAAAGUGGACAACACACCCAAAACCACAGAAACUGACUCCACUCAUUCGGAGAAAGCCAAGUCAAAAGAUGGCCAUAAGGAAAGUAACUCUAGUCAGCCAAACAAGGACACACCUACUGAAAAACCUACUAGUCAGUCUGGUCACUCUGCCAAGAAGAAGGACGGCCAGACUGGACAUUCCAGUAAGUCGACGAAGGAUUCAGCAAAGGAUUUGGCAAAGGAAUCGGCAAAAGAUUCGCAGAAAGAUUCAGCGAAAGAUUCAGCGAAAGAUUCGGUGAAAGAUUCAACAAAUACAGUCAAGGGUAAAGAGAGUGGUGAGCCAACAGUGGCCUUGUCGAAGGAUUCCAAACCCAGUCCUGAUAAACAGGCCAGCACAGAUUUGUCCAAAACCAAGGCUAAAUCAGGGGACCCUUCUAAGCAUAAGACAUCUGAAAGCAAACAUAAGGACAAAACAGUUAGUGAUUCUCAUAAACAUAAGGAUAAAACACCAGGAGAUUCAAGCAAGCAUAAAGAAAAAAGUGCUAGUGGAGAUGCAGCAGGCAAGCACAAGGAAAAAACGUCUACUGAAGGCAGCAAGCAUAAAGCCGCUGGUGAAGCCAAGCAUAAGGACAAAACACCGACAUCAGAAUCAAAACACAAGUCUAGUGAUGGAUCAAAACACAAGGUAAAAACAAAGGAAGGUGAGCCGAGUCAAACCAAAGACAAGCCUGUUGCUAAGGAGACUGAACCAAGUAAGAGCAAGGAUCAAAGUGUUACCAAGGAUACAGACACCACGAAACCCAAAGAUCCGUCAUCAUCUGGUGUCGAAGGAGAACAGGCUAAGCAUAAGGAUAAAACGAAAACAUCUAGUCACAUGAAAGCUAAAAAAGAUGAAGGAAAGCCAAAAGUUAGCACAACAGACAAGUCGACGUGUAAAGAAAAGCCAAGUGGGAAUGACAAAGACAAAGACAAAAGCCACAAAGACAAGAACUCCAGCAGCCAGUCGAAGGGAGACAGUAAAAGCAGCAGCCAUCAGGAUGCAAAAGUGGAGAAACCCAAAUCCACUGACCACCACAGCUCAAAUAAAAACAAAUCCUCAGAUUCCACGGACAAAAGCAAGGACGGAAAAAAGCAGGAGUCGGAUAAUAAAGGUGAGAAAGGGAAGGAGAAUAAGGCUUCCGAACAGCACGACGAUAAAGGGAAAGUGAACGAAUCAAUGUCUGAUAAAAGUCAUAAAAGUACAGAGAAACAACGUACGGAAAAGAAAUCAAGCAUGAAAUGUAGUAACUCUGAUCGUAAAUCUGAAAGCGAAGAUUUUGGCUCCGAUAAUAAGAAAGAAGGAAAAAAGGACAAAUCUCACAAACUUUCUGUCGGAAAGAAAAAUAAGGAUAAAAAUAAUGCAUUAAAACCAGAUACGGAAAACAGCAAACCACCUCCAAAAUGUGACUCUGAUAAGCCUAAGAAAAACAAGACCCCAAAAUCCAAAGAAAUAACAGAAGUGAAAUCUACAGAGAAAUCGGAUAAAUCUGGUAGCAAAUCUGACAAAUCGGAUAAAUCGGAUAAAUCGGAUAAGUCUGAUAAAUCGGAUAAAUCAGAUAAAUCGGAUAAGUCUGAUAAAUCGGAUAAGUCUGAUAAAUCGGAUAAGUCUGAUAAAUCGGAUAAAUCUGACAAAUCAGACAAAUCAGACAAAUCAGCAGAGAAAAAGCCUGUAGAGGAAGUGGAUGAUUUCAACUGGGCAGAAUGGGCUGGACCUUACGUGUCGAUGUAUGACAAGGUCAAACGAAGGUCAAAUACAAAGGUCAAAGAGAAGGAGAUGGACGAUAUGAAGAAGAAAAUGGAUAAUUUCAAGCAAAGACGGAAAAAGAAGAAUAAGCAUAGUGAUGACUCGGAUGAUUGUACUUUCACGUCCGACGAGGACGAUGAACCUAUUGUGUCGAGAAAAAAGAAAACAUCUACAAAAGAAGCCCGUGGAAAGCGUAAGAAUACCAUAUUUGAUAGUUCAAUGUCAUCAUCAGAUAAUGAAGAAGAGGAAGACGAUCCACAAUUCUUUCUUAAAUCGCUUCAGAAAUCAAGCUCAAAAGAUGUUAAAGGUCGAGGCUUCCAACAGGGUAAGAAAGCAUCUAUAUUGGACAUUUAUUCAUCUGACUCUGAAGAAGAUGAACAAUUCUCAGACCCUCCAUUUAGAGAUAUUGACAUUUCAAGUUCUAAGAAAGACAAAGAAAACAUCAAAAAGAAAGAAUUGACGACUGAGAGCUCAGAGGAUUUUUCAUCAAAGAAAGUAAAAGUUGUCAAAGCUAAAAAGAAAGAAAAGCAACCAAUUUCAGCAAAAAAAGUCAACACAAAGCGAAAAUCUGCUCUCAGUUUCACUUCUGAUGAUAAAGAUGAGGACAGUGACAUGAACUUUGACCUCAAACCUAAGAAACCAUCAGGAAAACUGAAGAACAAAAAGGAUGAGAAAAAAUUACCAAAACGUAAAAUUUUCUCAUCAACAUCUGGAAGCGAAAUGGAUGAAGACUAUAGACCUUUGAGUGUAUCUAAACCUGUCGAUAACAACAAAAAGAGCACGAAGGAAAAGAAGAAAAACAACCAGAAACACAAGGGCAAGGUUAAUCCCCUUAGCCUCUUACCCUCAGAAAGUGAUGAAGAUAAUACAGAGGAAAUGAAACGUGCUGGCUAUAUCGACCUGGUUAGGAUACAAACUAUGUCUGAAAUCGAAGAGACCAGUUUCAAUCGGAAAGAGAAAAGUACAAAGGAAUCAGGGAAGAAGGAAAAUAUUCUUGUGUCAGAGGGGAAAUUAGAGAUCGGAAAACCAGCAGAAAAGAAGGAGGAAUCCUUUGGAUUGUUUGCCAAAAUGGAGGAUUUUAUAAGUGCACAGUCCGAGCUGACUGAGGGUCCAAACAACAUGAAACAUGUUGUGAACCAAGAGAAAUAUAAGAAAUCUGAUUCGAGUGACUUUCAGAAACUUCAGCAAUCAUCAACCGAGAAAGUCAAAGGGCACAAGAAAGAAGGGAAGAAGAAGAAAAAAGAUAAAAAUGAGGCGACGAAAAAGGGAAAAGAGAACACUUCCAUCUUCGAGAAGAGUUUGUCACUUGAGAGCGUAAGCACAACCCGAGAUAGUAUUGAUGUAAUCAGGGACGAUUUCUCCAAGAAGGACAACUCCGAUACGAGUACCGACCAGGCUAUACACUUUUCUGAAACGGAGAUAGCUGCCGAGUGUAGUGUGAUGGAUGGGUAUGAUCUGACAGUUGGGGCGGAAGACAGCAUCAGUACCGACAUGAGUUCCACACGUGACACGCAGAAAGGAAUGGGUCUUUUCGCAAACUGGCAUUCCACAAUGGAGGAUAUUGCUCAUCAAGACGCGACUGCUACAGAUCCACUAACUGGUGAAUCUGGGAAAAGCAAAAAGGGUAAAAAGAAGAAGAAAGAUAAGAAAGAAGGUUCAGAGUCCAAAAAGAGCAAAAAGGAAAAGAAAGAAAAGGGGAUGAAAGAGGACAGUAGCCACAAGAAAGAAAAGAAGAAAGUUAACAAUGUGUUUGGUAAUUUCAACAAAUAUGUAGAGGAGAUCUCCAAUGAGCCUACACAUAUUUCAACCGAUGAAAGUAAAAGUGGUGUUAAUAAUGAUUUGGAUGCAGUCAGCACGAAAGUUCAAAACGAAACCCAACAGGCGACUUCAGCUUUGGAGAACCUAUUUUCUGAAUCUGACGGCCACAGAGAGCCUUUGUUUGGCUCCACGCCCUACCAUGAACCGCCAUUGUUUGAUGCAUAUCUUCGACAGGAAGCUGCCAAGAAAACAUUGGAUAAAUCCAUGAAGGAAGAUCAUAAUCAAGUUUCUUCUGCUAAGUCGAAAUCUCUCUCUAGUAAAACCAUCAACACUCCCGAGAAACCUGAUAAUACCAGUGGGGAUAAAAGCAGUAUGUUCAGUUUGCCAGACCAUACACAUCACAAUGCUUUGCCAGACUCUUCUGUACAAAAAGGACCAAACAAGAUUCACUCUUCUGUAUCGGAGAGCAACGAAAACAAAAGUGAUACAUCAAAAGCAAAAUCAUCAGAAGAUGUUUUGGGAUCAAAGCCCGAAACAUGCUCUGCACCACCAAAGGUGGUUUCUGGACACAAAGGCCAUGCUCCCGCAGCAGAUAUUUUUGAUUUCACGGAAGAUGACGACAACUCGGACAUCAUAACACCUGGUCACCUGAGGAAGAGUCGGUUUGAAGGAGGUGAGCGGAGGAAAUCAAAUAGUCUGUCAUUGUCUUGCUCCGAUACUGAGACACCACUUACGAAGGACACCAUGAAACAUAAAGAGGACAAACACAAGGAAACGACAGAGCUUGGAAAAACGAAAGAUUCUAGCUUUGGUAAAGAUAUGGACUUUGGCUUCAAGGAACUGGAGUGUAGUAUAAGCAAGCCAACAGGUUUUAAAGAAUUGGACUCGAGUAUAACCAAACCAACAGAGGCUGAAAUCAGCCGGCAGAAAGAUAAGGACUUUGUGCUGGAAAUUAUUAGGAAAGAGGAGAAAAAAUCAAAGAAAAACAAAACGAAAGAUAAUAUCUUGAAAGGAAAUUCAAAGGGGGAUGUUGUUGAGAAAGAUGAUGGAAAGAAAACUACACCUUCAUUUAUGAACUCCAUCAAAUGUGGUGAUGAGGUGCUAAACUUUGAUGAGCCAUUGUUUCCAAUCAACAAUGCAAUCGAGAGGUUUACCAGUAUGAAGUCUCCAGACAAAACAGUAGACAGCUUAGAUAAACUUGCCAUGUCUUCACCUCCCAAUAAUGAAUUGUCGAAAUCAGGAAAGAAGAAACAAAAACGAAAGAAGAAGACGAGUGGCGAUACAGCAGUGGAGAAUUUGGAUCACAAAUUUGACAAUGUAUUGAACUCUCCGGAGGUCAAUACACAGAAAACACCAGAACCCACUCCAGUUUCUAAAACAGUGGAAAGUUUACUUUCUACAGUUAUAUUAUCUCCCUUGAAACCUCUCAAUCCACCAGAGGGCACUAGCGACAACCUUUUGAAGGAGAUUGAACCAAAAGUCAGCAUCACAAAAGAGGUUACCAAGGAUACAGCAGUCCUGGAUGCCUUGGAAACUCUUGAAGCUGUUUCAAGUCUGGAGCAUCUGUCGGCCAUUGAUGAACCACGACUUGUUAUCGACAUUCCUGAAUCUGAGCCAGUCAAAUCUGUCCCUGAAGAACCUGCAGAGCCUGUUCCCAGUCAGGUAGAGGACGAAAUGGCUCUCGCCAUAAGGUCCAUCUUGCCACUUGAUGAGAAGACGGGAGAGUUCGUUCAACCAGGUCAGGUGUCCACUGUCUCGGAAACAGAGACGGCUGCUGCUGUGGAAUCGUUACUGCCACCAGCAGAGGUUGAAGUCAGUCAACCAGAACCGGUGAUACCAUUCCAGCCAGAACCCGUCGUUACACAAGAGCCGAAGGAGAUCGAAGUUGCUGAACCAGUUCUGCUGCCGACUCCUGAUCCAUUCCCUGAGUCACAAGGGUUUAAUGCUCUUCUCGAUACUAAUGCACCUCUUGUCAUCGACUCCGGCGACAAUGAAGGCACACUGCUCAUUGACACUAGUGCUAGUACUAUCACCACUCCUGGUAAAAAACCCAAGGCAACGCGUAAUCGCAAGAACAAAGCCAAGGCGAAGGCUCUCAACGCAAUGUCUGUACCAGUGCCUGUCGUGGUGGAGCACAACAAAGAAACUUGUGGUCAGGCAACGAACCAGGCCCUUAGAAACAAGCUGCAAGCCCAUAGCCAGGAGAGGAAUGAACCAGAAAAUGUUCCUGCGUUGGCGGUAGAUCUUGUGAAUCCACUUAGGGAAAUGCCUAUUGUAGCAUCCUCCUUCAAUUUAGGAUUACCUGUUCCAGUACCUCCAGUACAGCCGGUAGAAGUUGCACCCAACAAGUCACCGAAAGGCGGGGAAAAACGUGUCACUCGCAGACAGCUCAAGGAACAAGCUAAGCAGAAUGUGGACUCUACUGAGGUUAUGCCUAAUAACCCACAAGUACCAAUGGAUGCUUCUGAUUUGUUGUCGACAUGUCAGAGCACGCCUCAGGUUGGGGUAGCUGAGGACACGAAUGAUCCAGCUGUUUUGGGAUUCUCCGACAAUAGCCUUGACCUUGACUACGACCCUAACCGACUAGUCAUGGAUGACCAAAACUAUCCAAACGAACCGAAGCGUGUGCAACGCCGAGGAAGAAAACCAAAGAACUACAAGGAAAUGAAUUCGGGUGUUUUACCACGAACGACCUCUCCUAGAUCAAGGACAUCUCCAAGGUCACCAAGAAAUGUUACAUCUCCGAAGCAAUCGUCAUCACCGAAGUUACAGAACUCGCCAGCAGACAUUCCUAGUCCUGUUGUGAAAAUUGAGAGGCUUCCACUGACCUCCAAAAAUGGCAAGAAGGAUGGUGAGAUUGUGGAUCAGGGCAAAGACAACGGUAAACGGCUGGGAAAAACAACUGUUCCUCUUCUAGCCAUAGACGUUUCUGAGUUGGAGUCGAAGGAUUUGGAGCCCCCUUCAGAGGGACAACCAGUGGACCCAACAAACGUUUUUGACUUUGAGGCUAGCGAAUCUGAGCCUAAGAUUGAACCAGUGAGGCGGCGACCAUCGCGUAGAAAGAAAGCAGAAAGCAGCUGCCAGGAACAGGAUGACAAAUUUCAUCGUGAACCUACUGAAAGUAAAGUGGAGCAGCACCGUCCGGAAGAGGCGAGAGUUCGGAGCCUCAGUACGGAGUCGGGCAUCAAAAUGAUCAUCAAUACUGGUAACACAAGUUCACUGCGUGCAAAUAAAGAUAAAGAGGCUCGAGCAACGCGGCACAAAGCUGAUAAAUUGGACACAGACACCCAUGUGACAAAACCUAGCAAAAAGUCGCAGGAGUUUGAAAAUAUCAUCAAACAGACGAAGUACCAAGUAGCAGAGAGUCCCGACACUUCCUCCAUUCUCAGUAAGACAUCGGAAGAUCCUACAGUGAAACCACCGAUUGUCACAACAAUCAUAACCAAACCAUCAGUCGUGGAGGAAGCACCAUCUGUGGAGCCGAAAGUGGUACCACCUGUUCAAGAAAUGGUGGUUCCCACCACCACCUCCUCUACGGCACACCCUGUCACUUCGCAUAGAGGCAGGAAGGCGGACAAGACAGAAGCAGUACCACCUACCACCAACUCACCAAUCACCCCUGCCACGCCAAUGAGCAAUAUCGACCGUAUUAUUGACAACGUAUCAAAGGGAAUAUUUGAGUUUGGAGAUGUUGAGAUGACAGGCCAGCACAACGAUGGAAUACUGCAUGGCAAGAAACGUUACCAGGGCCGGAAUCAUGGGGCUGAAGGGGCACCCAACAUGGUGACGGACAAUCUGGGGAGGCCACUCACAACCGUUAAUGCUGGACACAUGGAAGGUUUUCAACAAGGUUCCAUAGGUGAGCCAGCCCUGACCAUGCCGUUUGGCAGACAGCCUCAUUCCAAGGAAGGAUUUCCCAAUACCGUUACGGGUCCACCGAACGCGAUUGUAACAUCGUCCAUGAAGCCAUUCCACAGCCAGGUGGCAGCUCACAUUGCCGAACUCGGUGGUGGUAAGACCAAAUCGGUCGACCUAUUGCAUGGAACACCGCAGAUGUCUAAUCGCCCACAAGCUAUGCACAGCCACCACAUCGCUCUGUCGCCUACACCUCAUCGCCAGGGGGAGCAUCUCGAUAAGGCUGAAAUGGCCAAGCAGGGCAACCCUCAGCAUAUAUCACCUUAUCAUGUAAUCCCAACGUGCCACCAGGGUAUGGUAUCCAUGUCCCAGGGAGUCAUGUCUAUGGUCAGCAAGUCCGGCCUGACGACUAGCAAGGCGAUUCCUCCUCCAUCUGUGUCGAUGGCACAUGUGGGAAUGAUGCAUACACCGGACAACUUGCGUCCGGUACAGGAUGUCAUGGCCCAGAUCAACCGUCUGCACCACAAUGCAGAGCAGGCUGCCAAGCAGAAAGGCUUGCAUGCCUCCGCUCAAAAUGCAGCUUACCUGGCAGAGCAACAAGGAGGAGAAAAGGCUGUCGACCGACAGCCAGUCUCGUCUGCGCCUAAUUCCACUUCAGCAUCUGCUCCGACAUGUGUAGUCCAUCCUAUCACCACGUCGGCAUUCACAUCGAAGCAUGACAUUCUGAAGCCACCAACAGGAAUCAUCACUGCAGCAAACUCGUCCAGUUCAAGUGUGCUGUCUUCAGUCAAAGACCCCAGCAAGAUGCAAAUAAUGAGUCAGAUGCUGUACGCUCAGGGACAGGCUCAGGUUGAGGCUACGGUCCAGGACCUGGCUAGUCGUCGCCACGAUGGGAAACAGGAAACAUCUGUCCUGAAAUCGGUGAGUCGUGCAGGAAGUGUGCCCCAACAGGUGGCAGUUACGGCUCAUGCUGGUCGUGAGUCAACCCCACAGCGUCCACCAAGUGCACACUCCCAGAUACAAAAGUCUGGUGAACCACAGCCACCGAGGCCCUCAAGUGCCCACGAACAACUUGCGCACCAUACUGCAUCCAUCCACGAACAAAUCCGUAAACAGCUUCAUCCAGCUGGUAUGAAGAACGCCUAUGCACAUGGGCAGGUCAACCCUCAUAUGGUUUCCUACUACCCACAAAUGCCGCAGAAAGGAGAGUUUGAGAAGAAUGGAGGAGGGGCAAUUGACCUCCAAAAGAUGAUGACACCGAUUGGACAACGGACCGUGAUCGCGGCUAGCGCUGCCACCACCCAGGGGCCAUCACCCCAUCCGAUGGCACGAUCGCCGGCUAUCGCUCAGACAGCACCCAGUCCCCUACAGAUCAACCAGCCACCAUCCAGUCCGUCCCUCCAUAAAAAGGCUGUGGAGAAGAACGCUCAAGCGUCGUCCAAAUGGCCAGAAGACUCCAGGAUGAGAGGACCUCACGCUCAGGCUACUGAUAUCAUCCCAGCUGCUCAGCGCGAGGCCUGGAUGUAUGGUGUUCAGAGUCUAGCUCCAGCUCAUCAGCGCACAGAGCAAGGUAUCAACUUAUCAACAGCUCAGCAACAAAGCCCGUCGCCCCGGGAGACAGCACAACAGGAGCAUCAGCAACAAAGAAUACAAGAGUUGACGCGUCGCCAACAACAACAGGAUGCCAAAAACCGACACCAGGCAGAGCUGCAGUUCUUACAGCACCAGCAGUUACAGCAACAACAGCAGCAGCAACAACAGGAGAAAGAGCAGGAGCGUCAGAAACAGGACUGGAAGAAACAGCAGCAGAAACAACACCAGCAGGACCUCCAACGACAGCAACAACAACAACAGGAGAUGCUGCGUCAUCUACACGAGGUUUCUGGCUCUGCACCCUCGGACACUCGACAGACAGCUCGGGUACACCCACGUUCCAAUGUACCUGUUCCUUCUUCCCAUACCAGCGAUGAGAAGAGCGGAGCGAUGGAUUCUCUUCUUUCAUCCAUGCCGUAUCCAUCGUCCGAUUUACGACGGACUGGAGCACAGAACAUCAGCGCGUUCACCCCGCCUAUCAGCAGUGCCGAGUUGACACAGGGUAUUGCCACCUCUCACAUGUACAACCCGGGACUAGGUAUGAUACGAGUGCCACUUAUUGACCCCAGUUUGAUGUACCCGCCACACAACAGCCCGGCAUUCAUUCCAGGCCAUCUAGCAUCGCAUUAUAUCCACGGGGCUAUGCAACAAGAUGGUAGACCCACACCUCACUUGACCCCGCAGCCAUUACACUCUCCUUCCCGACCUGGACAGGCACUGAGCCAGCAGGGGCAGAGUAAGCAUAGUUCUCAAGAUGGCAUCCAGAACAUCCCAGGACGAUGUGUCACGGAUACGUCAGCAGCUGGGGAGGGCAGUCUCCUCUCACUACUUCAGCGAUAUCCAGUCAUGUGGCAGGGAGUGUUAGCGCUCAAGAACGACAGUUGUGUCGUCCAGAUGCACCUGAUCGCAGGAUUCCAGCAGCUUGUCAAGCUAAGUUUACCGCAGCAAUCGCCUGACGGUACCGUUCAGCCACUCCGCAUCGCCCAGAGAAUGAGACUGGAGCCGACGCAGCUAGACGGCGUCAUCAAACGGAUGAACAUGGAAGAGGAUUAUUGUAUGUUGCUGGCCUUGCCGUGUGGAAGAGAUCACAGCGACAUUAUCCAACAAACACGAGCAAUGUCAAUGGGGUUUAUACAAUACCUCCAGCAGAAACAGGCCGCUGGUAUUGUCAACGUGGCUGAUCAGGGAUCCCAACAGCCGGCGUAUGUUGUGCACAUCUUUCCACCUUGUGAAUUUUCCCAUGCCCAACUGGGUCGCCAAGGAUUUGAUCUAAUGCAUCAGGUCAAAGAUCUGUCCCAUUUACUCGUCAUCAUCACAACUGUAGCCUGAGCCCUAUCCAUCCUGGCUUGGCUGUCAAAGUUGUGUCCGUUGUGUUUUUUCUGUUCCUUAUUUUUCCUGGAUUAAGAUUAAUCGUCAAUGUGGAUGGAUUAUAUUUAUUCGUCCAACAUAGAUGGAUCUCACAGAAAUUUGACAUGUGCCCUAAAGGAUUAAGUUCCGUCGUGAAAUGUGCUCACACACGGUCCACGAUUAAAGGGAUAUAACUCUGGAUUACGACAAUUAUUCAAACCUUGGAUAUUUAUUUGUGGAGUUUGUUCUAUUCUUCGAGGAAUACAACUCCCGGUUGUUAUUGAUAUAUCUUGUGCAAAGCACACGAUGUCGGAUGUUUAAGUUAUUAGUGAAUUAAUUGAUAGUAGUAAUUAAGACAUUUUCCAGUGACAGGAUUACUUCAAUGAAGGAAAUCUGCUUUCAAGUUGGUUUUAAUGGAUGGAAUAUAAAAGUGCUAUGUGUUCUGUGUGGUAAUAUAUGUGCGAUAAAAAUUGUGCUGAAAAACGCUUCACAAAGGAGUGAUGUAAUUUAUACCCUCGUCCCUAUGAACAGAAAUGGAAUGCUCCAGAUCAGAGACUGGAAGAGUUCAUUCCUUUUGUUCAGUGAAUUAUUUUGAUGAUAGUUGGACAUCUUUACACAAGGAUUGAAUUGGAAGUGGGAGAAUGUUGAGACUGUCGUUCGACACACAUUGUGUUACACGUUAACUAAGAAUUCCAAUUAAUAAACAGUGCGUAAAUGUGUGUGUUAGCAUUAUACUGCUAGAACAUAGGGCAAGCCUUUUGGUUAUUUUUUUAAGAAAUAUUUAAUAAAAUAAUUAAAAAAACUGUCCAGUUGGUUUGAUAGAAUCAAGCUUAAGUUUAUAAAUUGGCCAACAGAACGGCCAGAUUUACAGAGUGACUGUUGCUUGUUUAACUAUUAUAUAUAUGUUGUUAUGGUGUUUGUGGUUCUUGGACUAAAUUAAAGGUUGUAGACUGUAUACUAGUUAUGGACUUGCGACAAUGUGUCCCUGUUCAAGUUUUGCAUAGAUUUUUGAAAAGGAAUGCUUUAUAUAUAGAAAAAGGAAAUCAGUUUUUUUCUGACUAGUGAACUUUUGAACUAUUCUGAACUCUUUCUUUUAAUCUAUUAGUAGCAGUUUACGCGUAUUUAAACGUUUUUGGUACCUAUGCUUUGUGACAAAUUACUAAAUUCUUCCUCAAUCUCCUGCUAAUUGUGGGUAUCUAAAAAUGAAAUGGGUACUUGUAUAAUCCAUAAAUCUCUUGUUUGAAUCUUACAACCUGAUAUUGUAAGGUGGUUUUUAUUCUCUAAAAAUUUCCUUCAUUCAAAGUUUUUUUUCUCUCUUUAAGUACUUAAACAUUUACCAAUAUUCUUUGCUAAGUUUGAUCAAUAUUGUUAAAUUUGAAAUUUACAUAAUCAGUAAUUUAUAACAUUUAUUACUAACAUUUUGUUGUUAAAAUUUUCAUCUUAAUGUUAGGAAUCACAGAGAUGUAUAGAUUAAAAAUUGUGAUACAUUUUUGUAUUUAAAUCAAUUUUUUACCCAAUUAAUUAAAAUAAAAAUUAGAUUAAUUUUGCAAAACAUUCAUUUACAUUGUCAGAUGAUGAAGUGCUAUAUGCUGUUAUUUUUUUUCUCGCGUUUGAGUAUUUUUUUUAAUUGAAUUUGUCAAAAAGUUAAUAUAUAUUUUUUUCAAUAUAAUAAGCAGGUAAUAUGUAUAUAUUGUUGGUUUCACUAAAACCCUAGCAAUGCUUCUGAUCUUUUUUUUUCCGUUUCAAAUCGGUGGUCAUAAAAAGGUCCAAAGGUCCUGUAGAUUUAUGUGGGAGAACACAGUUGUGAUGUUUGUGUGAAGAUAGCCCAGCUCAUAGUAGCAUACUGAAGAGAAAUGCGAAAAACAUUGCUUUACGUAUUUGACUUUCGGAAUUGAUUAAAAUAAAUGAAGCAAGUUUUUGGUUAAAAUAUUUUUAUUUUCCAGGGACAUUGUUUCCUUAAAUGUUACGAAACUUUUGGAACAUCAUUUCCUUUUUUACUGUAGAUUGACAGUUUAUUUGAUUAACGGUACAAUUAAGUGAAACAUUCUAAAAAUAUUGAUCUUGUAUUUUGUGGCUCUGAAGUGUGAUCGCUCUGAGAUAGGUCUACAAAGUAGGCUGGGCUACGUAAGAAUCUAUUGUGUGUAUGUGUAUGUGUAUAUGUGAGAUAGUGUGCAAGGUUAUUUGUAUGUGUUAAAUUCCACUUACUGUGAUAAUGCAGGUUUUUGCCAGAUAGCCAGCGUCUGGAGUACGGUUAUGAUGGCAUAGCUUCUGUGCCAAAACUAGAUAUCCUUCUUGUUGUUCACCAUAGCUAUGGAGUACGUAUCGUACAUAUUCUGUAGUUUUCUUGUGAGAAUCAUUUUUUUUUUUUUUUUUUUUACGCUAUCAUCGGUCAUCCUCAUUAUCAUUUGUCGGAGAAAUAUAAAUUUGCAUCAGGGAUCAGAAACAUCACGCCAGUACUCAUUAUACGUUUCACUUCAUUGUCAACAUGUUCGUAGGGGUUACCUCCCCUUGCUCACGCAGAUCAGAAUUGUACUGAUCAGAACACAGAUUUGUAUCAUUAAGAGAUAUAUAUAUAUAAUCGUCAUGGUAACAAAAAAUUAUUUUCACAUAAAUCUUCACUUCUAUGGCAGCUAGUUACUUGAAAUUCAUUGUAAAUACCACUAUAACCAGUCAUGUUUUUUGUGUCACUCAGGACAGCUACUAUUGGUGCAUAGGCCAGAGUGUUUUAUUGAUUAUUAUUAUUAAGAAUGUUUUCGGAGACUUUUCAAGCACACAUAUGAAAUUCAUUCUAUUAAACCCUAAUUUAACAUGUAGUGAAUUGAAGAUUGCUGUUUAGCACUGAAAAGAUAGAUUUUGUUGGAUUUUCACUCAUGAUUGUGAAUUCAUAAAAAAAUAAUCUUUUUCUGAUUUUAUUCUGUUUUAAUUUAGUUUGUGAUAUAUUGUUGUGUAGUCCUUUGAGUAUAGUUCAUUUUCUAGAGGUUUAGUACCUAGUUUGUUUUUGUUGAGUUCAGCGUUCCUCAACAUCAAUAGUGGUUGUCCAGAGAAGUGGAUUAUACCUCCCAAUUUUGCUGAACUGCAUCGAUUUUCACACCGAAAUCUCCGUUAGAGAGCUUGAGGCUAACUGUAUGUGUCACCAAGGGUUAGAUCUUGUCCACUUUGACAUUUGACCCCUCAGUGUAUCGUACCAACUUCUACAGGGUUCGGUGUGGAGACUGCUGUACCUCUUGUUACUAUGGUAACAACAUUUGUUAUAUCUGUGGAGCUUUAGACAAAAGUAUUGAUAGUGUGCAAUGUAAAAUGAUCUCAAUACCUUUAAGAGUUCCCUCCCCUUAUUGUACUCCCAACCCCCCAUUGUGAUGUCACAUUGUAGAUAUUUAAAAGUGUAAAUAGGGAUAUGUAAAUAUAUAGAUGUAAAUAUAUAUGUGUAUAGACAAGAUGUAAAUAAGUAAUGGGCAGAUAACUCCUCCCAAUUGUUAUAAGUAAUAUGUACAUAUGAUUGACACUUGCUGCUCUGGAAAGAGGUGUGUGUGUCCCAGUGAAAGGGGCCGAAUUACACUGUAGAUAUUCGUAUAUAUAUUAUAAAUAUAUAAAUAUUGUAAAAGGUGAUAUGCCAAACUUGAAUAAAAGUAAGUUACGUCUACCUGUAGAAAUAACACAUGUGUUUGGUGUGUAAUGUAAGUGUGUAUUCUGUAUGUAAGGGUGUACAGCAUUAGAUGUAUACAUGUGUGUGAGAUGGUAAAUCUAUAUUAUGGCGUAAUUGUUUUUGUGUAACUGGUAGCUGGCGUAAAAAAGUGUAAAUUAUAUAUAUAAACCCAGCGUGCUGUUGUGUGUUUUACAUUGGAGAAUGAAUGGUUCCAGAAUUUUUUUUCUUUGGCAUGGGCAGGGCGAAUAACUGUGUAUAUAAGCUAGUAAGAUACAGAAUUCAUGGAUUUAUUUUGGAUAAUUUAGAUUUUUUUCCCCCUCAAAAUUAUUUUUCGGCAUGGGGUCUUCCUGUGAUCUGUUAUUGACUGUCAGGGUAAAAAAAGUGAAGUCAAUAUGCAAAUCAGAAUUUAUAUUUGAUGAAACAACAAAAAUGGGUAAAUUAAAAAAAAAAAAAAAAAAAAAUUCUGGAUUUAUUUAUUUUCUUUUUUGCUUUAAAUGAUUUUUCUUUAGAAGGAAAUAUAGGAGCCAAAUUCACAACUCUACCUUGUGUCUCCAUUGUAGAUGUACUGAAGUGCAUAUAAAUCUAAGAAUUGUACAUGUAAAAAUUCAUACCCUGUAAACUUACAAUAUAUAUAUAUUCCACCCCAACAAACCAAAUAAACCGCUGCAAAUUCCACGUUCCCUUUUGUUCGGUGAUAUAUAUUCCACCCCAACAAACCAAAUAAACCGCUGCAAAUUCCACGUUCCCUUUUGUUCGGGUCACCAAUUAUCAGCAUGAAUCCAUAUUGAGUAUUUAACACUAGUUGUCCCCGGUUCUGUUGUGUCCGUGUUCACCACACCCGAGGACCAACCUUUGUUGAUAAGUCAGAUUGUUUAUAAAGUAUAAAUGUCAUGUCAGGGAGAAAAUAUGAUAGUCUGUGUGAUGUAUGUGAUGCUUAAAUGAGGUCUCAAGAAUAAAAUAAUGUUUCAGGCUUUUCAACCAACCCUGCUUUUACUGCACAUGCUCUGAUCGGCAAUUUGUAUCCAUGUUUGAAAACAAAAAAUAUUUUAAAAUAUGUUACGUACAUAUCAGUAAAAAGUUUAGUAUUCAUUUAAUUUGUGCUAUAAGGUUAUCAAUCAAUUUCAAAUAAAACAUUUAAGAAUUUUUGAAUUCUUACUUUUCUACUUUUUUGAUUUCUUUGAAAGGAGACCUAAUUUAAAAAAAAAUUUUUUUUUUUAAUUUUUUAAUUUUUGAUUUGAAUGGUACAUAUGUAGUGUGAAGAGUAUGUGUAUCCUUACAUCUGUUUAUGUGGAGAGUAUACAUGUGUGUAUGUGUAUAUCUGUAUAUUAGUGUAUAUGUGUAUUGUGGUAAGUAUGUGUGUAGUUAUGACUGAAUGUGUAUAAUUAUAUGUGGAUGAUUCGAUUGUACAAUUUUUUUCGCUUAACAUUAUUGGCAGCAGAUGUGAUGAGAUAGCGAAAAGAUUAUGUUAGCUGUAUUCUGGUAGAUAUUGUACAGGGGUCGCAAGUCAUGUUAAAGUGCUUGGUCAUAUCACAAUAUUAUCAUGACACGACCGACAUCAAUUAAAUAUGAAGCUAAUAAUACAU